AUGACAUCUUUCCAUUUGGUUCGUUUUAACGCAGCGUUGCUUGGGAAAGGUUUCAGUGAAUUUCGAUAUCUUGGGCUGAGGGUAAAUCCGAUUUCAAGAAGAUGGAACAGCACCGUUAUUGAAGGGGAUCAGAAAGCUCCAAUUGCAUCUGAUUUAAUCGCUCCAACAUUAAAAGUGGAUGAUUCUAAGUUGCAUCCCAAUGUUAAAUCCUCUUUUAAAAAAAUUGGAGAUACUUUUACUGAGGUCCAGAAAGAAUGUUUGAAUAAAUUCUCCGACUCCAACGAUGGUAUCGUUGUUCGUGCCAAGACAGGUACGGGAAAGACUUUUGGUUUUGGUUUACCGAUAAUUGAGAACAUGGUUUCUCAAUUUUCCGAAAAAGAUCUUAAUGGCCGUAGCAAACGUCCUCCGAACAAUACUCUCGUUAACUCAGUUAUCUUUUCCCCAACAAGGGAUUUAGCAACUCAGACCUUUAAUGCACUUAGGAAACUUUGGAAUGGCGCUGUUUCAUUCAACACUUCAACUGAUCUUCUUCUUGUCAUGGGACAAACAGCGAGAAGAGAGAACCUUCGUCCAUUUAAGGCGAGGAGAAACGUUCCGCGGAUCGUCAUUGCAACUCCAGGUAGGUUUGCCGAUUUAUUCGAAAGUGAAGAAUCAUUCCGGAGUGGUUUUAAGCACCUAAAUAAUAUUGUUAUUGAUGAGGCGGAUGAAUUGUUAAACAGUAAUUUCAGGGAAGCGACAAUUGACUUGAUAAAGGCUUUAAAAGAAAACAGACAAGUUCCACCUGAAGACUCAAAGGAUCAGAGAAAUGUCAAGACUAUGAUGUUUUCUGCAACAAUAAAUGAUGAUGUCAUACACUUGGCAAAGCAUGCUGUGGGCCCCGAUUUUCCGUUUAUUGAUAUUGUGGAUAAUGGAUGCGAGGUUAACGAGAAUAUCACCCAAGAGUUAAUCCAUUCAGGAAGUAUAUUUCAGUCUUAUGCAGCAGCCCUUCAGUUUAUCAAUGAUAAUGAUAAGGUCAUUCCAAAUUUCAAGGCCAUUGUCUUUGAUUCUACUGUUGUUGGUGUUGACUUUGCUCAUUCAUUAGCAGGACAUGUUCUGGAAAGAGGGUUACCUAAAUAUGUUCUUCACGGAAAGCUUACACAAGGUAAACGUAACUCGCAGGAAAGAUUAUUUAGAAAUGCUAAAAGAGGUGUUUUGUUUGCUUCGAAUGUUGCAGCCAGGGGAAUGGAUUUCCCAAAUGUCACACAUGUUAUUCAAAUUGGUAUUUCUAAUGAAAUUGAAAGUUACACACAUAGAAUUGGAAGAACUGCCAGAGCAGGUAAGAAGGGAAAAGCUCUUCUCAUUGCUACAGACCCAGAGAUGUGCUAUGUUGAUGCUAUUGAGAAAUUGGGUAACAAUUUCACCUUAAACAGUAAAUAUGAGCCUGAUCCAGAGUUUUUGACCAAGGUGAACGAAGCUGCUGAAGAACUAGAUGCUGGCCAAUUGACAUUCUCAAAACUUUCAUUUUACUCAUCAAUUCCAAAAUCAUUGAAAAACUAUAACAUAGAGAAUUUUGCAAAGGACUGCUCGAAAUUCUUUACGGACCUUUCUGGUGAUGAAGGAAGGCAACCUCAUAUGUCUGCAGAUCGUGCAAGAAGAAUGGGUCUAGACACUCGAAUGAUAUCUAGGUACUUUGAUUUGGGCCGCUCCGGCUUUGGUGGCUUUAGAAAUUCUGGCCGUAACGAAAGAAAUAACUAUGGACGAAAUAGUUACGGCAAAAGCAACUACGGAAGAAAUAAUUACGGAAGAGAUAGUGAUGGAAGAAAUAACUAUGGAAGAAACAAUUAUGGAAGAAACAACUAUGGAAGAAAUAACUACGGAAGAAACAACUAUGGAAGAGACAAUUCUUAUGAUAAGGAUGGUGAAAGAUCCGAGUAUGGAAAAAGGGAUGGUUCUCGCUACGGUUCGAGAUCCGGAAGAUCAGAUGGAUAUAAUAGGGAUCAAAGAUAUAACCGUGAUGGUCAAGAAAAUGGCUAUAGAAACAGAAGUUCGAGAGAUAACGAGAAGGAACAGGAAGACUUCUUUUAG